AACGUGGUCAUUGGUCAAUGAAUAACAACGAACUUCUAGAUUUUCUAAAGGAUUUACUGAAAUGUCAAAAUUAAUAAACAAAAAUGGUAAAUGUUAUGAAAGGAGUAUUAGUCAAAUGUGACCAGGCUAUGAAACAAUUCCUGCUACACUUGGACGAAACGUUAAAACUGGGACGGAAAUUCAUCAUUCAGGAUCUAGACGAGAACCAUCUUUUCAUUUCUGCCGAUAUACUAGAGGUCCUACAGGCUAAAAUCGACGAUUUGAUGGAUCAAAUCAGUUUCCCGUUAGCCGAGAAGGGAAUGUAACUUUGCAUACCACUAGUAGUUUAAGUAAAAGUUAAUAACCAGCAAAAAUGACGAUUUCAAAGUCCACUUUGCGCGGCUCGAACCGCUUGAAAGAGGGGGACAAGCGGCGGGUUGUCGAUGAGACCUCUCGUAAAAGACGGCACCGGAAGGUGAUGGAGCUGCUGGAAUCCGAUAACUACCAUGACGAUCCUCACGCGGACCUAGUGAUGAGUAAGAAGAUACCAAAAUUCGACGAUAACUUGGAACAGAGGAGUACCAGAACGAAAAAGAAGGAACGUACCGCAGAGUAUUAUCAGAUAAAGUUUCGGAAAAACUUCCAGCAGCUGGUAGACGAGGACAGGGCUGAAGCCGAGGCGAGUAAGAGGGUGUCUUACAUGGACAUUCAGUGCGAGGAGUCUCCGAUGCCGCCCCGCCACUUUUGCGCCGUUUGUGGGUUUUUGGGACAGUAUUCUUGUUUGUCGUGCGGUACGAGGUUUUGUAGUAUCAGGUGUAUGGAUACGCACGCUGAUACGAGGUGUCUAAAAUGGGCUGCUUGACCUUUCAACUUUUUUAUCUGUGCAUGUUUUCUAAUUAGGUGAUGUUUUUGCAUUAUUUUUUAAUAUUCUGGUGUUAUAUUUAAGUGGGUUUGAUAAUGCUUACUUUAAUUAUAUAUUUUUACAUAGCCUGAAUAAAAAAUUGUGUUUUGACCGUU